AUCAUUUGACACACAAAGAACUUUCCCACUUAAAAAAAAAAAAAUCGAAAGCACUCAACUGAAGAGGUCCAUAUUUUCUCUUGAUAUCUAAAUGUUCCUCCCUCACUGGUUGGCGUCAAACAGAUGACACACCAGACAACAGAUAUAUGAGCGCCUUUGGACAACACCCUGCAUCAAUCGUAGGAGUCAAGAUAGAAGAACAUACCAAACCGAGUUCUUGCAUUUGCUGGUCAACAUGGACAGAUACUUCUUGCCACUUAACUCAACCUCUGUUUCUGCACAAGUCCCUCACAACACCACAGUUAAUGUCAACGCCACUGUUAAACAUUUUAGCGUGUUUGAUGGCUGUGAGAGGUACUUUGAGGGAGUUCUGUUUGACCUUACCAUACAAAUCAUCAAUGUAAUCGUGGGAAUACCGGCCAACUUGCUUGUCAUUGCAAUUCUUGUCCACAAUCGCAAAGAACCGUCCACUUCAGACCUGUUCCUGGGUUGCUUGGCCUUCAUGGAUGCCUACUUUGGCACCAUGACCCCCCUCAACUUUUUAAAUCUUUACAUCUGGCAUAGCAAAGAGGUCUGGGCAGCUGUUAAGUUUUCCUUCGGUGUUAAAGACACGAGCGGCCCACUGUUUCUUUCUUGCAUCUGCCUGGAUCGAUUUGUGGCAGUGCUUUUUCCGAUCACGUUUGGGCAGCUGAAACCCAUCAAAUACAGAUUAAACCUCACACUGCUGGUACUCUGCCUCACCUUUGCCUACUCUACAGCCAAGAUGGUGGGCGGUUUUCCUAACUUCGAGAAGGUGUUCACCGGCGAGGUCCUUGCAACUUUUACCUGGAUGGUGGUCUGUAAUGCUAGCAUCUUAUGGGUCCUGAAGAAAUCUCGUGGCGCCGGGAAAGACGACAUGCAUCCCAUGAAGAAGAAGGCUUUCAACAUGGUGCUCUCCAUCCUCCGUAUCAUUAUUUUCAACUAUUUGCCCCUUGUUGCACUGUUUCCGUUUGAAGAUCAUUACACCCCCGAUGUGUUUCGUUGCUAUGUGCAGCCCGUUGGCUUUGCUUUUCUAAACAUUAGCAGCACUAUCCAACCACUUGUCUACUUGUCCCGUCUGGAGAAGGUUCCUUUCCUUCCAGAUGCUUGCAUUAAGAAGUUCACUUCCUGCAUCACCACAGAAAAAAAUAAAAAUAUAUCCACACAAAAACCAACAGCUUAGAUUUGUAAGACUACAUUAUGAAGACAAAAUAUACUGUAAUGAAAUAGACUGAAAGAGUUUUUUCCUCUAGAAAUGUGUUUAGAUCUAAUGUUAAUUUCAUGCCAAGUAAAUAAAAGCAGUUUUGAGAAAACGUGUAAUGAUAUAAUAAUAGUUUGUCCAUUUCAGCUUGAUAUUGUAACAACCUCAUUAUGACAUGAAAUGUAGUGGCAUGUAAUAACUUUUACUCACAAGUCAAUUGUUUGGGUUUGGCGCCCUCUUGUGUAUAAAAAUAAACCAUAAAAAAGAAAUGAUGUCAUUUAAAAUAUGAAGUUUUGUCAAACUUUCCUUUGCUAUGCCAUUGUGUUUUGUGCAACAACGAUAUGUUUUGGUCUACAGUAGAUGUAACAUUCCAUUCAGUCACCUGAACAGAAAUUAAACACUUUGUUUUGUUUUGGGG